UAGGCGAACGGCCUCGUGAGUUAAAUUCCCUAAAUAAGCGCGCUAUCAGCUAUUAUAUCGUUUCAAAAAAACAUCAAACGUUAUAUACGAGCAAAAUGUAGUCAUUUAUGUGUUGAAAGUGAAUUAUUUUACGCGAUAUUGUUGUUACUGCAGGUACUAGUUCUGUUGGCGGAGGCACAUCGAGGUACGGUCGCGGUUCGUUGUUUCCAAAGCGCGGCGCAAGUUCUGUUGAGGCUUGAUUGACGGACUGUAGGCGGAAACUCUACGCGGUAAACUUUGUACGAUGGUCGUAAAGGGCUAGUUUUGGGGGUUUGUUUUUGGUAAUCACGAGCAGCCUAAAUCGUGACUUUCACACAGACACGUAUAUCCGUCCUCGAGCUCCAGAUCCCGCGCGUUUAGUCUGCUGAGUUGAGCUAAUGUUUCCUAGCCUAGCAUAUGUGAGGUAAGCUCGGUGUCGAGGGAAGCGAUCUGCGGGGUUUGAUCUGGGAGCUGCUCGGAUCUCUGCACCUACCGCGGGCGAUGUUAGGGGGACACGGGACGGCCAGAGGGGCCGGGCGCUCCGGUAACGGCGCGGGGUUGACCCCUCUACAGGUGGGCAGCACGUCUGGGGCUUUGGGGGCGGUAAACUCUGCCAUAAACCUGCCCGAUGGGGGCAGAUACGACGACGGGCCGUCGGUGGAGGCUGUGCUGAGCGGCUCCGACGGAGACUCGGACUCCGGGGACGAUGAGGAGAGUCCCGCGGUGGACAGGAGAGGGGUGAAGCGGGAGAGGAGUGAGAUGGAGGUCGGUGUAUCCUCGGGAUCUCACGCGGGACUGUCGGCGGGAUACGGAGGGGUUUCCGCCGGGGUGGCCGGUGCUAAACCGGGCAAGAAAACGCGAGGACGGGUGAAAAUUAAGAUGGAGUUUAUUGACAACAAGCUGAGGAGAUACACGACCUUCAGCAAGAGAAAGACUGGCAUUAUGAAGAAGGCUUACGAAUUAUCCACCUUAACGGGGACACAAGUUUUGCUCCUGGUUGCCAGCGAGACGGGCCACGUCUACACAUUUGCCACGCGAAAACUUCAGCCCAUGAUCACCAGUGAAACGGGUAAAGCCCUUAUCCAGACCUGCCUAAAUUCCCCUGAUUCUCCACCCCGUACGGACCCUUCAACAGACCAGCGGAUGAGUGCCACGGGAUUCGAGGAGACGGACCUCACCUACCAGGUCUCAGAGGCUGAUGGUCUCACAGAG